UAGGAGGAUGAGGAGCGCCGGGAAGGCAGUCAGUGCAGGCGGAGGCGAGGCGGCGAGAGGAAGUCUCUACACCCCCCCUCGAAAUUUACCUCACCUCACGUUUGAGGAGCGAUGAGAGAAGACGGAGGUUCUGUUGGUUUGUUUUUCCAAGAUUGUUUUUUUUGGGGGGGGGGGGGAGAGAGAAACAAGAAGAAAAGAAGUUUGAGCAUCCACUUCUAAGAAGAUAUAUGACCACCGUCAACCAUCCAUCAGAAGAAAAGAGGAUUAAAAAGAGGACCAAGUCAGCGGAGUUCAAAAUGGAACCCCGGUUGGGAUUGUGGCUGUACGUGACGCUCUGCGUGAUGAGCAUCCUGCCCCAAGGCCUGCUGGGUAAUCACGCAGACGUCACGCCGAGGGUUCAGAGGGUCAAACGAGGUUGGGUGUGGAACCAGUUUUUCGUCCUGGAGGAGUAUACCGGGCUGGACCCGCUUUAUAUCGGAAAGCUCCACUCGGACAUGGACAAAGGCGACGGGUCCAUCAAGUACAUUCUGACGGGCGAAGGCGCUGGCACCACCUUCACCAUCGAUGACAGCACGGGCGACAUUCACGCCAUCCAGAGGCUGGACCGUGAGGUCAAGGCUCAGUACGUGCUACGAGCUCAGGCCCGCAACCGCCUCACCGACAGGCCGCUCGAACCCGAGUCCGAGUUCAUCGUCAAGAUCCAAGACAUCAACGACAACGAACCCAAGUUCCUGGACGGACCCUACCGAGCGUCGGUGCCGGAGAUGUCCAAUAUAGGAACGUCAGUGAUUCGGCUGACCGCAACGGACGCAGACGACCCGACGUACGGCAACAGCGCCCGGGUGGUCUACAGCAUCCUGGAGGGUCAGCCUUACUUCUCAGUGGACGCCAAGACCGGCGUGGUGCGGGUCUCGCUGGCCGACAUGGAUCGGGAGACCAGGGAGAACUACACGGUGGUCAUCCAGGCCAAGGACAUGGGCGGACAGCUGGGCGGCCUCGCCGGAACUGCACGGGUAGAAAUCUCACUUGGCGACGUGAACGACAACCCGCCCGUCUUUGAUCAAAGGUUGUACCAGAUGAGCGUCCCUGAGUCGGCCUCGGUGGACUCCGAGGUGGGACGCAUCUGGGCCAAGGACCGCGACGUAGGCGUCAAUGCCGACAUGACGUACAGUGUCAUCGACGGCGACGGCAGAGACACCUUCGGCAUCAUCACUGACCCCGGCAACAGAUACGCCAUCAUCACCGUCAAGAAGCCACUCGACUUCGAGACCAAGCGCAGUUACACGCUCAAGGUGGAAGGCGCAAACACGCACGUCGAGCCUGCCUCCUCCUCCUCCUCCUCGUCCCGACAUGACGUCCCAGCCUUGCACGACGUCACCAUCGUGCACGUGAGCGUGGACGAUGUGGACGAGCCGCCCGUGUUUGACGCGCCUGCUUACCUGGUGGACGUGGCCGAGGACGCCGAAUUGGGCACGCUGGUCAGGACACUGUGCGCCAGGGAUCCGGACAGCGACAACAACACUGUGAGGUACUCCUUGGACCGUUCCAGUGACCCGGACAAAUUUUUCUACGUGGACAUCACGUCUGGCGCUCUGAUGACAUUGCGUCAUCUGGACCGUGAGCAGCUGGGCUGGCACAACAUCAGCGUGCUGGCCAUGGAGAUGAAUAAUCCUUCUCAGCUGUCCAGCGUGGCCGUGUCCAUCCGCGUGCAGGAUGUGAACGAUAAUCCCCCCACGCUCAGCGACUCCCUGGAAGCGUUCGUCUGCAACGGCGCCAAGGCGGGACAGCUGAUCCAGGCGGUGACGGCCGUUGACCCCGACGACCCUCCCAGCGGACAUCACUUCUCCUACGCAUUAGCGCCACACGCUGCCAACAAUCCCAAUUUCACCCUGCGGGACAACCAAGACAACACGGCGUGGAUCGUGACGCGUCGCGGCGGCUGGUCCCAGCGUGAGCAGAGCAUCUUCUACCUUCCCAUCACGGUGACGGACGGCGAGGCGCCGGUGCAUAUCAGCACCUCCACGCUGAGCGUGCGCGUUUGCGCCUGUGACCGCGACGGAAACGUCAUGAGCUGCAAUCCCGAAGCUUAUAGCCUUCCCGCCAGCCUCAGCAGGGCUGCGCUCAUCGCCAUCCUGUCCGCCAUCUUUGUCCUCCUGGUGAUGAUCCUGCUGAUGCUGUCGCUGAGGACGCACCGCAAGAAGCCGUACCUCAGCGAUGAGGAGGAGAACGUGCACGAGAACAUCGUCCGCUACGACGACGAGGGCGGCGGCGAGGAGGACACGGAGGCUUUCGACAUCGCCGCCAUGUGGAACCCGUGCCAGGUGCACCCCCAGGCGGGCGAGACCCGGCAGGAGAUGUUUCCGGAGAUCCAGACUUUGUCUCGCUACGUACCGAUGGCUGACGCCGGCAGCGGCGGCGUUCACGGCUACGUCCUUUCCAAGCUGCUGGAGGCCGACGUGGACCCGUGCGCGCCGCCCUACGACUCCCUGCAGACGUACGCCUACGAGGGCGAGGGCUCGGUGGCGGAGUCGCUCAGUUCACUGCAGUCGGUUGUGUCGAGCAGCGACCACGAGUACGACUACCUCAACGACUGGGGACCGCGCUUCAAGAAGCUGGCCGAGAUGUACGGCGUGCUGGACGCUAACAGUCCUCCCAUGUGCUAGCAACACACACGGCUUUCAGGAACCUUCUGGAAAGAGCACAAAGCAUCAAAUGGAUUGAAUUCCGCUUAGACGGGCCUGAUUUUAACUCCACAGUGGCUUUUCGAGAAGUUACAUCGUUGAGUGUCUCUAAUACAGUGGCAACGCUCAUGUCUUUCUCGAACCAUCCACAAAGAACGUAAAGACUGACAGCUUUUCCGCCUCAACGGGCCUGGUUCAGUGGGUUCCAAGGUCAAGAUGUACAGCAUACUGGACGCUAGGAAUACACACAGCCCUUCAAAGUCAUCUGGAAAUAAAGCUAAAGCACCAGGAACCGACUGAAUUACACCUCGACGGGCCUGAUUUAACCAUCCAGUGGUGCCUCAAUGGGUGAGCUACAUCAUCAAGACUGUUGCAAAAAGUUGUCAAUGCGGAGUGUGCUGGAGAACUAUCUGGAAAGAAUGCAACAUAGAUUUGCCUCAACGGGCCUGGUUCUUUGCAUUCCAAUAUCCAGCCUCCAGAGAAUCGACAUCAAGGCACUGGAAAAGAAGGUUGAAUGAGUACUGACACUGCCACCGCCUCAUCGGGUCUGGAGCUUAAUUUAUUAGUCUAAAUAUGUUGAUGCUAACUGAUUUUAGGGGGUUAUAAAGUCACGCUUAAAGGAGCUCGCCUAGAUGACGGGCGUUCUGGACGAAGAGGCAUUCAUAAACACGGACCCAAUUCCGCCUCGACGGGCCUGGUUGUAACCCUUGAGUGGCUUCCACGUCCUGGAGAGCCAACUGCAAAGCACACAUGUACGAAACAGCGCCACAAAAGAUGAAAAGAUUCCCAGCAGAAAAACGCCGAUGACGCCUCAUCGGGUCUGGAGGAAUAUUUGUUGGUUUUGUAUUUAUAUCGGAGCUAAUUUAUUGAUGGACGGGAAGCAGCUGCUCAUUCACAUGAGAAGUUUUCACGAGCGGCUUUCAUCCAGGAGAACAUCGCGCCAGUCCAAAGGCCUGCGUGCAUCGACGGGGUCGACGAUGUCAUCGCCGCCACGUUAAACGCCACUUGUCGCUGUCGUCUGCAUUAAGUGCCAAAUGUACAAAAGAACAUUUUGGGAUUUUAAAAACCAACAAGAGCAGCAAAAGAAAACAAACUGUGAGGGUGCUUUUUGAUCUUUUUACUUGAACAUAUUGGGUUGCUCAUGCUACGCCAAAGGUAGUAUGCGAAUGUCGGUACUUUUUUUUUUGUAUUCUUGGUAAUAAAAAGACUCAAAAGCUGA